AAAUCCAUAAAUUUGUCUAACAAAAACAGAUCAGCAUUUUUGUAAUAAAAAUGUAAACUCUCCAAGAGCAAGGAUUUUUGUGUUGUAUUUACCUGCGUUAUCUCAAGAAGCUAAAAGAGUGCCGGCACAGAUACUUAUUAAGUGAAUACAAAUUUAUCUCAGCAGAAUUUUAUGUACUGAACGUGUACAUUUAUAAAGAAAGUGAAUACAGACAUGGGUAACACUUCUGAUUUCACAACUACUGUUUGUUACCUGAACAGGACUGCGGAACAGGUAGGAAAAGGGGGGGUUAUAAUCUGCUGUGACCUGUUAAGCCACAAUGCAUUUCUUUACAAACGUGCUUUGAAGCGAAAAUUAUCUGAAGUUGUAAAGCAGAACGCUUGGUGGCGCUGCAAGCUAAGAAAAUGAAAAAACGAUGCAGAAUCCGUGCCUCCUUAAAAACUGAACAGUCUAGGAGCUUGAAAAGGAAACAUUUUACACUACUGGAGACGGAAGGCUUCAGAGAGGUAGCUAUUCUUACCUCGUCAAGGAGAACAACUCAAGAUCGCUACAUUUAACCGAGCUGGCUUAGAGCAUUUGUGGUGAUUAAAGACUGCGCCUUUGGACCCUGAGGAACGAUGGCGACGCCGCUCCCCGAAGCGCUGCAGAAAAGGCAAGUGACCGCCAUUACGUUCUUAUUACUAUUGUGGGGGGCGGGCAGCGCGACCCUGAAGUAUUCUGUUCUGGAAGAGAGGGAGAGUGGCUUUUUCGUGGCCAACCUAGCAAAAGAUCUGGGGCUGGGAGAAGGGGAGCUGGCCGCGCGGGGCGCCCGGAUUCUUUCCAAAGGGAACAAACAGCACUUGCAGCUGGAACCGAAGAGUGGAAAUUUGCUCGUCAAAGAACAAAUGGACCGGGAGGAGUUGUGUGGUGACACGGAUCCAUGUAUACUGCACUUCCAGGUAUUGCUGAAAAACCCAGUGCAGUUUAUUCAAGGUGAACUACAGCUGCAAGAUGUAAAUGAUCAUGCUCCAGAAUUCUUGGAAAAUGAAACCCUCCUCAAAAUCUUGGAAAGCAGCCACGCUGGGUCUCUGUUUCCUUUGAAAAUAGCUCAAGAUCCGGAUGUGGGUAGCAACACGGUUCAGACCUACACAAUCAGCACCAAUUCCCAUUUCCACCUUUUCACCCGCAAUCACAGCGAUGGCCGGAAAUACCCGGAGCUGGAGCUGUACAAAGCCCUGGACAGGGAGGCGCAGCCAGAGUUCAGGUUAACCCUCACAGCGCUGGACGGCGGGUCACCGCCCAGGACGGGGACUUCGCAGGUCCUCAUCCUAGUCCUAGACGUCAAUGACAACGCCCCCGAGUUUGCUCAGCAGCUGCACCAUGUGCAGGUCCCAGAGAACAGCCCCAUAGGUGCCCUCAUCACCACUGUGUCCGCUAGAGACGUGGACGCUGGGACAUACGGCGAGCUCUCCUACUCAUUUUUUCAAUCCUCAAAUCAAAUCAUGCAGGCCUUUGAAAUAAAUACAGCCACAGGAGAAAUCAGAUUAAAAAGACUACUGGAUUUUGAGGAAACUCAGUCUUACCGAAUGGAAAUUGAAGCCUCAGACGGCGGAGGUCUCUCAGGAAAAUGCACUGUGGCCAUAGACGUGAUAGACGUGAAUGACAACGCCCCCGAGCUGACCAUGUCAGUACUCACCACGGACAUCCCCGAAAACUCCCCGCAAACCGUGGUCGCUGUGUUUGGAAUAUCAGAUCCAGACUCAGGAGACAGUGGAAAAAUGGUGUGCUCCAUUGAAGAAGAUCUCCCCUUUCUUCUGAAACCGACCUUAGAAAAUUUCUACACUCUAGUAACCGAUGGAGCGCUGGACAGGGAGACCAGGGCCGAGUACAACAUCACCAUCACCGUGUCGGACCUGGGCACGCCCAGGCUGACCACCCGGCACCACGUCGCGGUGCAGGUGUCCGACGUGAACGACAACGCCCCGGCCUUCAGCCAGGCCGCCUACACCCUGCUGGUGCGCGAGAACAACAGCCCCGGGCUGCUCAUCGGCUCCGUGAGCGCCAGCGACAGGGACGCGGGCGCCAACGCGCAGGUGACCUACUCGCUGCUGCCGCCGCCACAGCAGCCCGACGUGGCGGCGCUCGUGUCGGUGCACGCGGACAGCGGGCAGCUGUACGCGCUGCGCGCGCUCGACUACGAGGCCCUGCGCGCCUUCGAGUUCGGCGUGCGCGCCGCCGACCGCGGCUCCCCGGCGCUGAGCAGCGAGGCGCGCGUGCGCGUGCAGCUGCUGGGCAACGACCACGCGCCGGCCGUGCUGUACCCGCCGGCCAACGGCUCGGCCGCCUGCCCCGAGCUGGUGCCGCGCGCGGCCGACGCGGGCUACCUGGUGACCAAGGUGGUGGCGGUGGACGGCGACGCGGGCCAGAACGCCUGGCUGUCGUUCGAGCUGCUCAAGGCCACGGAGCCCGGGCUGUUCGGCGUGUGGGCGCACAGCGGCGAGGUGCGCACGGCGCGGCCGCUGAGCGAGCGCGACGCGCCCAGGCAGCGGCUGCUGGUGCUGGUGCGCGACCACGGCGAGCCGCCGCUGUCGGCCAGCGUCACGCUGCACGUGCUGCUGGUGGACGGCUUCUCGCAGCCCUACCUGGCGCUGCCCGAGGCGGCGGCGGCGGCCGAGGCGGCGCGGCCCGACUCGCUCACGGUGCAGCUGGUGGUGGCGCUGGCGGCGGUGUCGUCGCUCUUGGUGCUGAGUGUGCUGGCGCUGGUGGCGGCGCGGCUGUGCGGCGCGGGCGCGGGCGCGGGCGCGGGCGGUGUCGGUGUGGGGGCGGGGUGUGCGGUUGGCGGCGGCGGCGGCGGCGCGGGUGGCGAGGGCCGCUUCCCGGGGCCGCUGCUGGACGUGAGCGGCGGCGGGACGCUGUCGCACAGCUACCAGUACGAGGUGCGCCUGACGGGCGACGCUGGGACUGGGGAGUUCAAGUUCACGAAACCUGUACUUUCUAACUUCCUAGGAGAGAGGGUGGAUAUGAACACUGAGGAAGACUCUAACUUUAGGAAUCAUUUGGCAUUAGGAAUCUAACUUUGAGAGCAUGUGAUAAUUCAUGGUAUUCACUAACCUGGAAUUUUCUAACCUUUUCAUUCCCAUAAAUGGUGUGCACAUUCAAACAGUGAUUACUGUUAUAUAGCUAUUUCAACCUAUUGACUUAUUUUACUUUUCCCAUGUUGGGCAUCUCAUAUGCAUGUGGACACAAAGAGAAAUCGUGUUUCCUGAAUUUUCUUUCGGUGAGAUUUUCAGAAGUCACAGAUGUUUUCAAGUUUCUGCUGUUUGAGCUUGUUCGUUGAUGUAUUGUUAGGAUUAAGAGAACUGUGUUCUAGACUUCCUGAGUAGCAUCAGCAUGAGCUAUUAUAAAUGAUGGCUUUGAGUUCUAAAAAUAUUUUUCAUUUAUGCAAAAAUUCUAGUAAGAUAAAUUGUUGGAUUUCUGUUUUGUCAUUUCCAUACACUCUUGUUUUUCCUCAACUGGACCAGUAUCUAUUUGGAUGUUGUUUUCGAAACUGAGUAAUUUCUUUGAACAGUAGAACAUCUACUGUUAUUCUAAAUGAUUCAAUUCCUGUUACAUUAAGAAAAAGGAUAGAAAAAGUGUUGGUCGACUUGUGGCUACUUUUUCCUAAUAAAUGGCUUUGGCAUGUAAAUAAUGACUCUCAUUCUUUAAAAAUAAUAUAUAGAGGACAGGUGCUAUGGUGUGGUUGAUUAGGCUUAUCACUUGGGACCCUAUGUAAGAGUGUCAGAGUCCUGGCUUGUCUGACUUGGAUCCAGCUUCCUGCCAGCAUGCCUAGGGUGGUGGGGAGUGAUCCCACAAGUGUUUAGAUCCCAGACACCCGCAUGGGAAACCUGGGUGGAUUUUGGGGCUCCUGGCUUCUGCCUGGUCCAGCCCUGACUGCUGUGAGCAUUUAGGAAAUGAGCCAGUGAGUGGAGGAUCUUUCUCUCCCCCUUCUCCCUCUCCCUUCUCUUCUCUCUCUGUUGCUCUGCCUUUCAAAUAAAUAAAUAUUCAGAAAAAAUAUAUAAAGGCAGGCAUUUGAUUCAGAAGUUAAGAUGCAGUUUGCUACUCCUACACCCAUAUUAGAGUGCCUGGGUUGGAGUACCAGCUCCACUUCUGAUUCUUGCUAAUGCAACACCUUGGGAGGCAGCAAGUGAUGGCUCAAAUAUUUGUGUCCCUGCCACCCUUGUGGGAGACUAGGAUUGUGUUCCAGGAUCCUAGGUUGGCAUGACCCAGACCCAGCUGUGGCAGGCAUUUGGAAGAUGAACCAAAAGAUGGAAGACUUGAGUCCACUUUUUCAAUAAAAAUUCAAUGAAAAUAUAAUAGUAUGUAACAUGACUCAAACAUAUAUAGUGAAUACAAAGAAGAAAGGAUGUUAACAUUAUUAUACCAUUCAGAAAUAAUUAAGUCAAAAUCGUUUUAAUGAUUUGUAUGAUGCAUAUAAGAAUAGACUAAUAAUUUUAUGAAACAGAUCUAUAAUAACUUGAUAGUUAAUUAAAACUUUCAGAUUGAAUAUAAUAAAACAAAAUGUGAAGCUAUGGAACUUAAGCUUAGAUAACAAGGUUAAAAAUAUUUUGAUCCAUGUGAAGAUACUAGCAUCUCUUAACUACCCACUUAAAAAUCAAUACACUACCAUUCUUAUACCUCUACCUCCUUCUCAUCACUCAGACUUUUUGCAUUUUUAUCUGAUGCUGCCUUAUAAAUGUUUGUAAUAUUUGUAUAUUUUGAAAGGAAAAGUCCCAUGAUUUUAUAUUUAAAAUUUUUAACCUAAAGUCACAAAAUGCUACAUUUCUAAAAAUUUGCAUUCAAAUCUGACCAUCCAGAGGUAACCACUUUUAAGAAUUUUGGUUUUUUCCUCAUUUCUUCCAUAUUUUGUGAAAAGACUUAUUUACUUAUUGGAAAGGCAGAGUUACAGAGAGAGAGAAGGAGACACAGAGAUUUUCCAUCUAAUGGUUCAUUCCCCAAAUGGCCUCAACAAUCAGGCUUUCCAGGAGCUUCUUACCAGUCUCCCAUGUGGAUACAGGGGCCCAAGGACUUGGGCCAUCUUCUACUGCUUUUCCAGACACAUUAGCAGGCAGCUGGGUUGAAAGUGGAGAAGCUGAGAAUCAAACAGGUGCCCAUUUGGGAUGCCAGCACUGCAGGCUGUAGCUUUAACCUGCUGUGCCACACCACCAGUCCCAGUUUCUAUUUCUUUAGUGAGAUAAAGUUUACAUGUCAUAACAUUUAGCUUUAAAAUAUAAUUCAAUGAGUUUUAACAUAUUUAAAAGCUUGCAUAAUUAUUGUACCACCACCUAAUUUCAGGACAUUUUCCAAUUUUAUUGUCCCCAAAAGAAACCUAGUACCCAUCAGCGGUCACUUCUAGCUCCUAGUUAUCAUUAAUAUUCUUUCUGUCUCUGGAUUUGCCUGUUUUGGACAUUUCAUAUAAAUGGAAUCAUACUGUAUGUGGCUCUGUGUCUGGCUUAUUUAUUUUCACAUGAUGGUUUUGAGAUUCACCAAUAUUAUAGUAUCUAUCAUUACCUCAUUCCUUUUUAUGACUGAAUAAUAUUCCAUGUUAUGGAUGGACUAUAUUGUUUGUCAAUUCAUCAGUCGUUGGACAUUCAGAUUUGUUCUACUUUCUAGUUAUUUUUAAUAAUGAUGGUAAUGAGCACUCUAAGUUUGUGUGUGGGCACAUGUUUUCAAUUCUCUUGAGUAUAUAUCAAGGAUUGGAAUUUCUGGAUCAUAUAGUUACUCUAUAACCUUUGUAACCUUUUAAGAAAUUGUCAAACUGUUUUUCAAAGUGAUUUUACAAUUUUGCAUUCCUGUCUAGCUUGUUUGAGGGUUAUAAUUUGUUUAUAUCUUGAACAUUUAUUAUUUUCUUUUUGCCUGUAACCAUCCUAAAAGGUGUGAAGUGGUAUCUUUUUUGGGUUUCAUUGGCAUUUCCCAAAUGAGUGAUGUUGUGAUGGGCAUUUUUUCAGAUGAUUAUGGGCCACUGGAAUAUCAUCUUUGGAGAAAUAUCUACUCCAAUUCUUUGCUGAUAUUAUAGGUGACUUUCUAGUCUUUUUAUUGUUGAAUUGUAGUCAUUCUUUACAUAUUCUAAAUACUAUGAUUUACAGAUAUUUUCUCCUGCCCUGUAUGUUGUCUUUUCCAUUUUAUUGAUAAUUUCCUUUGAAGCACAAAGUUUUUUGUUUCUUUCUUUCUUUCUUUUUUUUUUUUUUUUUGAUCCAAUCUAUUUUCUCUUUGGUUGCUUGGACCUUAAGGAUUUAUAUCUAAGAAAUCAUCACCUAGUCCAGGGUAUGAAAUUUUAUACCUGUAUUUUUUGUAAGGAUUCUUUGGUUUUAGUCCUUACAUUUAUGUCAUUAAUUUAUAUACAGCUUUCUUUUUUUGUUUUAUCACAUAGGAUAGGUCUUUCCUUAUACCUCUGAAGAUAUUUAUUUUAUCUUUUAAUUUUUUUCUUCUGAUUCUAGCAUUCAUUUGUCUUCUGAGUUACAUUCUUCAGCUUUGAUCUCUGCCUUCAAGUUAGUGAUUUUCUUUAUUACACUGCUUGGGUAUCUGUUUUUAAUUUUUAAUACACCCUAAAAACUGACUAGUCAUUGUAUGUUUUGGUAACGAAAGGAGGGAGAUGACUUUUACCUGCUGGUUCACUCCCCCAAAUGGCGCAACAGCCAAGGCUGGGCCAGGCUGAAUCCAGGAGCCUGGAACUCCAUUCAGGUCUCACACAUGGGUGACAAGGACCCAAGUACUUGUGCCAUCUUCUGCUGGCUUCCCAGCCACAUUUGAGGAUGCUAGAUCUGAAACAGAGCAGCUGGGACCUGAAUCAUCAUUCCAGUGUGGGAUGCCAGCAUUGCAAGUGGCAGUUCAACCUGCUGUACACAACUCCAGUCCUGGAAACAUUUUUGUUUAGGGACCAAAAGUCAGUAUCUGUAAAUCUUUUCUCUUGAGCCCACAUCAUUCUUGGGGAAUUAAUUCAAUGAGCAUAAGGAUGACAGAGAUAGGGUAGAUACUGUAAAGGUGGCCUCCAGCACUUUGAGAACUCCUUGGCUUGGGGAAGAAAUCCUAAUUAGCAUGUAAUAUUUCACCCUCUUCUCAUUAAUGUCUGAAUCCUGUGCUGGUGUCUGUCAGUCCACAGGCUUUUAUAUUUAAUUUCUGCAGAUAUUAUACUCCCAUUUUCUGUCGCUAUAAGAAAGUACAAGGCAGCUUGCUGUACUGACUAAGAAAGGAAUUCUCAGAUUUAAGUACUCAUAUAGAUUUUUAGUCAAAUGUUGUGGGUUUUUUUUGCCUCUUCUUUGAUCCAAAAUAUGAACCAUUACUUUAGCUAUAUUUUAUUUUCUGUUUGUAAACUUUCCCACUUCUCAUGUGCAAGCAGAAAGAAAGGAAAUCUGUCAGUUACCAAAGCUUUGCAUUUUCCAAAAUGCUAGUGACUGUCUCCUCUCCUCUCCUCUCCUCUCCUCUCCUCUCCUCUCCUCUCCUCUCCUCUCCUCUCCUCUCCUCUCCUCUCCUCUCCUUUUCCCUCCCCUCCCCUCCUCUCUCCUUUCUUUCCACUUCUCUGAUUCUUUCCAUUUUUAUAGAUUCAUAUUUAACCUUUUAUCUCCAUCAUUUAAAUUGAGAUAAACUCAGGGGCUCAAAGUGUAAUUCAAUAUAAUCCUUAUUGUCAGUCCUGUUCCACCAACUUCUCCAUGACUGAAUCAUUAUUGCUGUUUUAUCUCUUGACUUGCUUCAUUUCAUCAGAUGUAGUUCUUCAGAGUGUUUAUGGGUGCUGUUUGAGAAGUAAAAUAUAGCUGGGUAUAAAAUUCUUCACUCAACUUUCUUUUCCUCAAAGACUUUUUUACAUCAAAUAUUACAUUAAUUCUUUCAACAUAGGUUCUCCAUUCAUCUGCAGGUUAGCUGAAUUUCAUCCUAAAGCAAUUUUUUUAGUAAGCACUCAUGACUCUAAUUCAGUCUUUUAUGAAUUCUUUCCUUCAUUUAUAUUCAUACUUGAGCAACAUCUUAGUCAUAAUCUGUUUCCCUCAGAACCUUGCAGAAAUUUCCAUUAUUUUUGGUAUUAAAUGUUGUAUUAAAUGUCUGGAGCCUGUUUUCCUCACCUGUGGGUAAUUUGCUUCUACCAUUGACAUUCAUUAUCUUUACCAGAUUAUGUCUUACUAAUUAUCACUGUUUCCUGAACUUAGUAAGCCUUUUCACUCUGUUGCAAGUAUGACAUUUUUAUUUACAUAUUUUAGAGACAUAACUAGUAUUUAAAAUCUGUUUGACACUUCUUUUUUAAAAGAUUUAUUUAUUUAUUUGAAAGUCAAAGUUACACAGAGAGAGAAAGAGAGGCAGAGAGAGAGAGAGGUCUUCCAUCCAAUGGUUCACUCUCCAAUUGGCUGCAGUGGCCAGAGCUGUGCCGAUCUGAAGCCAGGAGCCAGGAGCUUCCUCCAGGUCUCUCACACGGGUGCAGGGGCCCAAGGACUUGGGCCAUCUUCCACUGCUUUCCCAGGGGAUAGCAGAGAGCUGGAUGGUUCUCGAACCAGUGCCCAUAUGGGAUGCCAGCACUGAAGGAAGCAGCUUUACCCACUAUGCCACAGCGCUGGCCCCUAUUUGACACUCCUAAUAUCUGAAGUGUGUGUGGACCUAUCUGCUUAUUUUGUUUUCAUGUCUUCUCAUUCAUGUUGUGUUUGUUUCUUUAUGUGACUCAUGUGGUUUUUUACCCUUGGAAAUUCAUAUGACUGUACAGCCUAGACUACAUUUAAUACCAAAAAUAAUGGAAAUGUCUGCAAGAAUCCAUGCUUCAGAAUGGAUUUUCAUUGUUUAAGUCAGAAUAAUGGAAACACUAUCAGUAGGUAGCCCAUCAAACCAAGUUUAUGGCUUGAGUUUCCUUGCAACACAAACCAUACAAUUCAUAUCACAAAUAUAUACAAGGACCAAUCUGAAGCUACAACUUUCCAAGCAUAUUUUCUUCCCUUUUCUUUUUCUUUGGCUCUGUGUGAUGGUCGUGAAGUUGGAGAGAGAGGGAGGUUUAAAAUUAUUGGAGUUUCCACUGUGUUUACAUUAUGGGUGUAAACACAUUAAGCAUCUUUUAACAGGGAGAAGAUCUUUCUGUAUGCUGCAACUUUAACUACUCCUGAGCCUUGGUUUAUAUUUCUUUAAUCCCACAUGGCUCUGAUCAAAGCUAAGGACAAAUAUUUUCAAAUGCUGUGAGGGCAUAACAAGUUUUUUUCCCCAAAUAUAUCACUAUCCCUUAAUCAUAGGCUCCCAUCAAGAAUUGGACUUUUUUCACUGUGAUUUCUACCGUAGUUUUGGCUUUUCUAUAUUUUUGAAGUUUCUUUUUUUUUAAAUGUUGUCCAUGAUUGUUUGUUUUCUACAGGAAGGUCAUGUGGAUUGUCUAUUCCAUCAUUUUCCAAAAUAGAUUCUCUGUCUAGUGCCUUCUCAGUUUGAAGAUUCAGUUUUUCCAUCAUUUCAGUUAUGUUUCUUCUUCAUUGAAUCCAGUUUUCCUUUCAUUGUUGGGUAGUCUGCUCAGAAAAAUCAAUGAUCUCUCUUCUUUACUACACAAUAAUGUCCUCAUGGAGAAGAAUUUUUAUCUUAAAGACUUUGAAAAAUAUAUAUUGAAAUGAAUAUAGGUGACUGAGCAUUGAAUUAAUUUCCAUUUUUGUCAUCCCACUAAAUAACUUCAAAACUAUAACAAAAUGUUUUAUUCUUUAUUUUCAUAAAAAACUCACUUGUUGUUUAUCCUAUUUGCCUUAUUCACUUAACAUUAUGCUAUCUGGAAUACGUGAGACAGUUUUCAUCUUUUUUAAAAUUUUUAUUUAUUUAUUUAUUUUUUGACAGAGUGGACAGUGAGAGAGAGAGAGAGAGAGAGACAGAGAGAAAGGUCUUCCUUUUCCGUUGGUUCACCCUCCAAUGGCCGCCACUGCUGGCGUGCUGCGGCCGGUGCACCGCGCUGAUCCGAUGGCAGGAGCCAGGUGCUUCUUCUGGUCUCCCAUGGGGUGCAGGGCCCAAGCACUUGGGCCAUCCUCCACUGCACUGCCUGGCCACAGCAGAGAGCUGGCCUGGAAGAGGGGCAACCAGUACAGAAUCUGGCGCCCCGACCGGGACUAGAACCCAGUGUGCCGGUGCCACAGGCGGAGGAUUAACCUAUUGAGCCACAGCGCUGGCCCAGUUUUCAUCUUUUAAAAUGUAGGAUGUAGGGAUGGGUGUUUUGGUACACAGAAUGAAGCCACUGCUUGGGUCACUUGCAUCUCAUAUCAGAGUGCUAGUUCAAGUCUUAGCUGCUCUGCUUCCAAUCUAGCUUCCUGAUAAUGAUUCCUGGCAAACAGCAGAUGAUGGCUUAUGUGCUUGGCCCCUUUCCAUCCAUGUAGGAUACCCAGAUGGAGUUCUGGGCUCCUGGUUUGGGGCUGGCCCAGCCCUGAGUAUUGCAGGCAUUUGAGGUCUACUAAGGUCUCUGUUUUUCUAUAUGUCACUCUGCAUUUUAAGUAGAUGAAAAUAAACAUUUUUAAAAACUAAAUGUAGGAGGUGAUAUUGAGCCCUUUCAAUUUGUGUUUACAAAAUGGAAAUUUGACUUACUGUGUUACAUGUUAAGGGAGAAAGAAAGAGACUAUGAUUCAGCUUCUGGCUAUAUUCUGAUUUUUUUUAAUACAUACAUGAAGAGCAGAUAAUACCCUAACAGUUAAGAUGCCUGCACCCCACAUCAGAGCAUCUGAGUUUGAUUUCUGGCUCUGAUUAUGACUGCAGCUUCACACCAAUGUAGAUUCUGGGAGAAGCCAUGAUUGCUCAAACAAUUGAGUUCCCACCAUUCACAUAGGAGACCUACAAUGUGCCCCAGAUCCUGGCUUUGGCCUGACCCAGUCCCAGCCAUUGCCAAUAUUUGGAGAGUAAAUCAGUAGAUGAGAGUGCUCCCUGUCUCUCUCUCCCUCUGCCUCUAAAUUAAAUAAUAUCUAUCAUCUCUAUCAUCUAUCUGUCUGUCUAUUAAUCUAUCUAUCAUUGCUGGAUUGGACGUGCACCUUUAAUUUGUCUCCUCUAUAACUUCACUACCAAAAAGCCUACAUAUUUUAAAAAAAUAAAUCUACAAAGAUGAAUUGAAUAAUAUGGAAGACAACAGACAAGAACUUUAGAAGCUGGAAAUCAGAUAGAUAAUUUAGUAGACCUGAGAAACCAAUUACCAUUUUAUUUUUUUUAUUUUUAUUUAUUUAUUUUUUUGACAGGCAGAGUGGACAGUGAGAGAGAGAGACAGAGAGAAAGGUCUUCCUUUUCCAUUGGUUCACCCUCCAAUGGCCACUGCGGCCGGUGCGCUGCAGCCGGCGCACCGCGCUGAUCUGAUGGCAGGAGCCAGGUACUUAUCCUGGUCUCCCAUGGUGUGCAGGGCCCAAGCACUUGGGCCAUCCUCCACUGCAUUCCCUGGCCACAGCAGAGAGCUGGCCUGGAAGAGGGGCAACCAGGACAGAAUCUGGCACCCCGACCGGGACUAGAACCCGGUGUGCCGGCACCGCAGGCGGAGGAUUAGCCUAGUGAGCCACGGCGCCGGCCCCAAUUACCAUUACUAACAUUGGAAAAUCUGAGAACCAAUCCUGUUUAGAGUAAAGAACUUUUAGAGGCAUCAGACAUUCUAGAAGUGAUGAUAGGUUUUCAGGUAAGAAGCAUUCUGUUAAAACUGCCUGAGAAGCAGAUAAAUUUCUAGCAUUUAGAUCAUGUUUCUCUCAUACCAGUCACUGCAUAACCUACCACUCUGACCUUAUCAGAAAUAUUGAGAAUUUUUCUUUUUAAAAAAGUGAUUAGUUAAUUAAUUAAUUUGAAAGGCAGAGUGACACAAGGAGAGUGAAACAGGGAGAGAUCUUCCAUCCACUAGUUUAAUCCCCAAAUGGCCACAAUGGCAGGUCAUGGGCCAGGCUGAAUGUGGGAACGAGGAACCCAGUUCAGAUCUCCUGUGUGGAUGAUAGAGGCCCAAGUACCUGGGCCAUAAACUACUAUUUUCCCAAGCACAUUAGCAUGGAACUAGAUCAUAAACAGAAAUAUCUAGGACUCCAAUCCUAAUAUGAGGUGUAGGUACUGCAAGAACCACUAUACCACAACAGCAGCCCCUUCAUUUUCUUACAAGUACAAAAGGAGGGGUCAUUAUAUUCCAGGUUCUAUUGGUAAAAUUGAGGACAAGGGUAAUAUGAGUAGGGUAAAGUAAAAACCAUUAACUACUGAUGGUUGAUUGUUGAAAUGGAUUGUCAUUAGAACAAGUUACAAAUAUUUCAGUUCUUAGAAACAUUGUAACAUUUCAUUCUAAUUCUUUUUUCAUUGUGUUUAACCAUGCAAUAUCCUUUGGCCAAUAAAAUGUGAAAAGUGUUUGGGCUGAAGUUUUUGGAGGCUGUCAGUGUACGAUUUAACACAUUUACUCUUCUCUUCCCACUUUGUACUGUAAGAAAUAAAUCAUUCACUGUGUCAA